AUGCUUCAACAUUCUUAUCUCCUUACCUUGUUCAUUUUCACAUUCUGGUCAUGCUGCGCUAUUGACGCCGUCGUUUCAGACCCACAGACUCAUCUUGUUACCAUCGGCUGCACCCCAUUCGACCGCUUCCUCGUUUCCGACUUGUCUGUCUUCAAUGACAACCUAAACGCAACGUUUCGAGACAUCAGAGAACAGGUUAGAGAUCAAAACAAGCAUUUCGUUCCGGUUCAGGAAAGCGGUGGCGGAAGCCCUGUGUCCACUCUUUUUCAGUGCAGAAACUACCUUUCUAUCGCCGACUGUGUCGCGUGCUUUGAUGUAGCUGCCGCCAAAGUCCGGAGCUGCCGUGCCGGAGCCCCUGGUGGCCAUGCCGUUUACGACGGCUGCUUCCUCAGGUAUGAUGCGAGUCCUUUCUUUGACCGGGCGACGGAUACUUUCAAUGCUGCCUUAUGUGGGAAUAAAACUACAGGAGAAGCCACUGCCUUUAACUCAGCUGUGCAAAAACUGCUGAUGAAUCUCCAAAGAGAAACACCAACAAUCCCUGGCUUUCUGACAGCCACGAAGACACAAGUACUUAAUAAUAAUGGUCCAACUAUAUAUGCCUUUGUGCAGUGCACAGAAACUAUCACACAAAGUGGAUGCCUCAGUUGCUUAGAUGUUGCAUACAGAAAUAUGCAGACUUGUCUUCCUACUUCAGAUGGUCGAGCUUUUGAUCAGGGCUGUUUCAUGAGAUACUCCACAACCUCAUUCUUUCCUGAUAAUUACCAGAUCGUUGACGUCACUCCCAUGGAUAAACAAGGUUCGAGCAUUAAGGGGGCUAUCAUUGGUGGAGUUGUUGGAGGAGUAUUGCUUGUUUUGGUUGCCCUUGCACUUUUUGUUUGGAUUAAACCACGUAAAAGCCCUAAAAGGGUUCCGGCUAGAGGUAAAAAAAAAAAAGUUCAAAUUGAAGGUGCAAUUCAUUACAGUUACAUGGAUUUGAAGUACGCAACUAGAAAUUUUAGUGUAGAAAAUAAACUUGGAGAAGGAGGAUUUGGUGCAGUAUAUAAGGGAACUCUGAAGAAUGGGAAAGUAGUUGCAGUCAAGAAGUUGACUUUACGUCGUUCCAAUAAAGUGGAGGAAGAAUUUGAGAGUGAAGUGAAGCUUAUAAACAAUGUUCAUCAUCGAAAUCUUGUUCGACUUCUGGGAUAUUGCAGUAAGGGUGAUGAGAGAAUUCUUGUUUAUGAAUACAUGAAAAAUACCAGUCUCGACAAAUUCUUAUUUGGUAAAAUGAAAGGUUCUCUUGGUUGGAAGCAACGAUAUAUUAUAAUUUUAGGCACUGCAAGGGGUUUGGCCUAUCUACACGAAGAAUUUCACAACCGUAUCAUACAUAGAGAUAUAAAAUCCAAUAACAUCCUCUUAGAUGAUGAUCUUCAACCUAAAAUUGCUGACUUUGGGUUGGCAAGACUUUUACCUGAGGACAAAUCUCAUCUUAGCACGAAAUUUGCAGGAACAUUAGGAUAUGCAGCACCGGAGUAUGCAAUAAAUGGACAAUUAUCUGAGAAGGUUGAUAUCUACAGCUAUGGAGUUGUAGUUCUAGAAAUUCUUAGUGGUCAAAAAAGUGAAGAAUUGAAUGUUAAUGGUGAGGCCGAAGGUGAAUUCCUCCUUCAAAAGGCAUGGAAACUAUACGAAAGAGGCAUGCAUUUAGAGUUGGUGGACAACACUUUAGACUCUAACGACUAUGAUGCGGAAGAAGUAAAGAAAAUAAUUGAGAUUGGAUUGCUUUGUACCCAAGCAUCAGCUACAAUACGGCCGACAAUGUCCGAAGUGGUUGCCUUGCUCCAAAACAAAUAUUUGUUUGAAAAUAUGAGACCAACUAUGCCUUUCUUGGUUGAAACUAAAUAAGGGCUCAUGGAACGAACUAUUACUUCUGCAUGGCUAGGGGGUGUUUGGCUGGAGAAGAAAAGUAAAUUUAUAGAAUAUAAAGUAAAUAUAUGAGA